CUGAGCGAGGCCCCGCAGGGCGCCCCCCGCCGCUGAGGAUGAGUCACUGCAGCAGCCGCGCCCUGACCCUGCUGAGCAGCGUGUUUGGUGCGUGUGGCCUGCUGCUAGUGGGCAUCGCGGUCAGCACUGAUUACUGGCUGUACAUGGAGGAGGGAACGGUGCUGCCGCAGAACCAGACCACGGAGGUCAAGAUGGCGCUGCAUGCUGGCCUCUGGCGAGUCUGCUUCUUCGCAGGCCGGGAGAAGGGUCGCUGUGUGGCCUCGGAGUAUUUCCUUGAACCGGAGAUCAACUUGGUGACGGAAAACACGGAGAAUAUUCUGAAGACAGUGCGCACGGCCACCCCAUUCCCCAUGGUCAGUCUCUUCCUAGUGUUCACGGCCUUCGUCAUCAGUAACAUCGGCCACAUCCGCCCGCAGAGGACCAUUCUGGCCUUCGUUUCUGGCAUCUUCUUCAUCCUAUCCGGGCUCUCCUUGGUGGUGGGCUUGGUUCUCUACAUUUCCAGCAUCAACGACGAGGUCAUGAACAGGCCCAGCAGCUCUGAGCAGUAUUUCCACUAUCGCUACGGGUGGUCUUUUGCCUUUGCGGCUUCCUCCUUCCUCCUCAAAGAGGGGGCCGGCGUGAUGUCCGUGUACUUGUUCACCAAGCGCUAUGCGGAGGAGGAGAUGUACCGCCCGCACCCGGCCUUCUACCGCCCGCGCCUCAGCGACUGCUCCGACUACUCGGGCCAGUUUCUGCAGCCCGAGGCGUGGCGCCGCGGCCGCAGCCCCUCCGACAUCUCCAGCGACGUCUCCAUCCAGAUGACGCAGAACUACCCUCCCGCCAUCAAGUACCCAGACCACCUGCACAUCUCCACCUCGCCCUGCUGAGGCCCGCCCCUCGGCUCUCCCUUCUCCUUCCCCUCCUCCU